UGGAAACCUUCUCUCUCGUUAUGAAGGCGGUCUUGUUGUGGUUGGGUCUGUGCAAUUGUUUUGUUUCUGUGAGAACAUCGACGCAAGCCCCCCCUCAAUUUUGUCCACAUCAUCAAGGAAAUGACCCAAACGAUGUGAACGCGAGAAUUAAGAAGUUAAAGGAUCAAGCGACUUACUUUGUUGAGGAUGGUGAUGAGGAAUAUACGUACAAAGUAACAAUCUGUCAACAGAAUCUUAAAGAUACAACAGCGAUUCUGCAACAUGGCAAGAAAUGGGAAGAUUCAGAUUGGAAGGGAAUAGGAACCUAUGAGAAAGCACAUGUUACUGGAGGAACGGACUGGCUGAUGAUAAAAUAUUUCCAUGGAGCAAAGUAUACCUCCCACUGCAAUAAGUUAGAAAGAAUUGGCAUUGUGGUAAUAACAUGUGAUCCAGGAGUAGAGAGGGGAACGAUGCGUAUCAUUGAAGAAUACAGAAAUAAUAGUAAACCAAAUGAUCCAGCAAACCCACUGGAGUGUUAUUACCUGUUUGAACUCAAUAAUGAUGCAGCAUGCACAGUAAAGCCAAAACAUUUGAGUCCUGGCUCUAUUAUGUUGAUAAUAUUGAUAGUUGUGGGCUCGAUAUAUAUAACCCUUGGUUUCUUGUACCAGAGAUUCAUGGUUGGUGCUAAAGGAAUGGAGCAGAUACCUCACUACAACUUUUGGAGGGACUGUGGAAGUCUGCAAGCUGACGGAUGUAAUUAUAUGUGUCGGUGUUCAGAGUCACGUCCUACAAGAUACAAGGCAAUGGAUGAUGCCUUAGCGGAUGACGAUAGAGAUGACACCAUGCUCCCAAUGUAGAAACUUUUCUUAAGAAUCCAUAUAGCUUUGUGAGUACAUCUAAAUGUACUGAGUUUUUCAAAACUGUGGUGAUAAUCCACACCUUUCGCCAUUUGGAUAUAACAAUCCAUCAUGGAAAAUGACAGAGAGAGGGAGAGGUAUUCUUGUUUUUUAGUUGGAUCUGCUAUCCAAAGGAAAAAUUAGCUUAUAUGUUUUUUUUUUUUUUUUUAAUGAUAAAAGUACAGUUAAUUGUUGACAAAUUACCAGUAGUAUAGGACGAAUACUACAUGUUGGUACUGUAAACACAGGUAUAGAUAAUUCUAGCAGAAUAUUACUGUUUACAUAGAGAGCAUGCCUCAUUAUUUCUUGACAAUGUCGACCUUUUUAUUUUUCUUCCUUUUUUUUUUUUUGUUUAUUAGGCUAACAGAGCCAAGCAUGAGACAAGCAUGAGGUGCUCGUCAUGCACUCUCUUCGUGUUCCUCUUUUGAUCAUGAGUGAUUUGCCCCUGGUGUUUGUCACAUGCUUGCCUCUGCUGGUAGUAACAUGCCAAAAACGUUUCCCUCAGUUUUCUGCAGGCAUAUGAUUAAUAGACAAGUUUUCUUCUUGUCAGUGUUUGGCAGCUAUACAAAGUUUAGUUGAUAACCUUCUAGGAAAUAGUUUAGGUAUUUAAAAACAGAACUGUUAGCUCUUCGUAAAAGAUAAUAGGGAAGUCUCAAGAAUCAUAGGAUGUAACCUGAAUCUUUUAUCUGGGCACCUCUAACUUUUUAAACCUUAAAGAGUGACUAGCAUCUAAUUUCUCCUUACAAUUAUCACCACUGAAUCAUACAUGAAGGUCAAGAGAAUUUAGGGAAUGAUCACCAAGUAAAGAAGCUCUCCUAUCUUAGGAUAGGUAUGGAGAAAAGUAACGGAGACAGACAGAGGAGCCAGAAUAUGCAUACUGGUUUGACAUAAGGUGUCGAGGGUAAAUAAUUUUUGGUUGUGUGGUGAUUGAGUUAUCACAGCAACCAUUUAUAACCAAGAAAGAUAUCAUAGGAAGGCAAUGAGAAUCCAAGGUAAAAAAUGAACAAACUGCCUGAGGUGUUGGAAAAUGUGAGUGACAAAUCUAGAUUGGUUUUAUAAGUUCUGCAUCUGGUUGUUGAGAUGAGUGUUGAUAAGAAUUGUCUACACUUAUCUUAAGAACUAAGGUAAUCUUCAAUUACUUUCAACACUCAUUGAAAAAUCAACUGGCAUAAUUUCAGUUAUUUGCAAAUGCAAAGGGCCUCUUGUGAAUCAGAUAUUAAAUGUAGUUACCAGUUAGUCAAGCUGUCUCAGUUUUAUCUGCAAGGAUUUUUGUGUUGGAGAGUUCUACUUUAAAGAUAAGGUUUGAACUUUUUUACUAGUAAGAAUGAAGUUAGUAGGUUUCCUUUAAAGAAUUGAAUAAAAGUUAUCAAAGGUUUCUUGUUA